AUGAUGCAAUUUUUCGGUACCCUUGUCACCAAAGAUGACCCAAUGGAUCUUCAAUUAGAUGAAGGUGAUGUUUUCCAUUUAACUCAUGCUAUGAUCGACCCAAGAUCAACUGGUACUGGUAAAGUUUAUCUUCAAGCUGUUAUUAGUUUAAUGGAAGAAGGUGAAGAAAUUGAAGAUGAAGAAUUCGAAAAUGAAAUUAGAGUCCCAAUUUGUAUGUUAGAAUCAGGUAAAACUGAACAAGUUUCACUCGAUUUACACUUUAAUUUUGAACAAAUUGUUAAAUUCGAACUUGUUGGUUCUGAAAAAUCACCAAAUACCGUUGCUAUUACUGGUACCAUGAUCACCAUGGAAGCUGGUGGUUGUGAAGAUGAAGAUUGUGAUGAUGAACAUUGUGGUAUUGAUCAUGAAGAUGAUGAAGAACUCGAUAGCGAUGCUGAUGAAUUCAAUGAUAGCAUUGAUGAUGAAGAAGAAGAAGAAGAAGAAGACAUCCCAACUUUAAUCCCAGCCAAACCAACCAAAGUUACAAACAAAAAAGCUGUCGCCACUCCAGACAAAGCUGCUGCCAAUAAACCAGCCAAUAAACAACAACCAGCUAAACAACAACCAGUCAAACAAGAACCACAAACACCAGUCAAACAACAACCAGCCAAACAACAACCAGCCAAACAACAACCAGCCAAACAACAACCAGCCAAACAACAACCAGUCAAACAAGAACCACAAUCACCAGCCAAACCACAACAAGCCAACAAUAAAAGACCUCAACCACAAACCGAAAAUAACAAAAAGAAACAAAAAAAAUAA